AUGACGGCUGAGGAAAUCCGCCGGCUAAUGUUGCAAUUGCUGGUUCCUGCAGUUUUAUUUCAAGUUAAAAGUUUCGCUUUGAACGUUGGUUCGAUGCCCAGGACUACAAGCGAAUUCGCUGACCUCCAUGUACCCAUAAUCCGGAGUUUCUCCAAGGAGCAAGUAUCUGAUUACACGACUUUCCUGCUGGGAAGUAGGAAGAACACGCUGUAUGUGGGAGCCAGAGGCACUGUGUUUGCUCUUAGCCUUGCCGCAGUGACCCAAGAGCUUAAGACUGUGAUCACAUGGGAAGUUUCAGAGGAACAGAGGAAGGACUGCACUGCAAAAGGCAAGACUAGGGAAGAAUGCAAUAAUUUCAUCCGGGUCCUGCAGUACCUCAAUGAUACACACAUUAUCAUGUGUGGAACAUUUGCCUUCAACCCAAAGUGUGCCUACAUAAAGGCUUCUGAGUUUGAGUUGGUGAAAGAUGGUAAUGGGGAAAUAAUCCUGGAAAGUGGAAAAGCACGGUGCCCAUACGACCCUGCCUUUCGAUUCACCACUGUGGUAGCGGAUGGAUUGUUGUAUGCAGCAACUGCAAUCGAUCUCCAAGGAACUCAAUUUCUUAUUUCCAGGGCAAUGGGUCCUUUCAAUCAGCGAACCACAACAGAGACAUUAGAUUCCUGGUUGAAAGAACCGACGUUUGUUGGCUCGGCUUUGGUGAAGGAGAGCUUGAGGAGUGAAGUGGGCGAUGAUGACAAACUGUAUUUUUUCUUCAGCGAGUUCAGCCAGAAGUUUAACCAUUAUACCAGACUGCGGGUUUCCAGAGUCACCAGGAUUUGCAAGAGCGACGUUGGAGGGUUUAAAAUUCUCCAGAGGAGGUGGUCAAGCUUCCUGAAGGCUUCCCUGGUGUGCAGUGAUCCAUCAAGCAAGCUUUACUUUGAUGUGAUUCAGGACGUGUUUAUGUUGCAGCAAGACCCUGAUGACUGGACUAGUACAAUAUUUUAUGCAGCAUUUACCUCACAGUGGAGUGAAUCUAUGACUGCGGUGUGUGUGUACAGCAUCAAAAGCAUCCAUGAAGCCAUGGAUGGACCGUAUGAAGAAUACAAUUCUGACUGUUCUUCUUGGAUUCAGUAUAACGGUCAAGUUCCAUCACCAAGACCUGGUGCUUGUAUCACUAACUGGCAUAGGAACCAUUCAGUUGAAAGCUCGCUGCUUUUGCCCGAUGACGUGCUGAGCUUUAGCCGAAGCCAUCCUCUUGUGCACCAAGCAGUCCACCCAAUCAACAAUCGACUGGGGCUGGUGACCAGAAAUGCACAGUAUUCAGAGAUCAUCGCACUGCAAGUGAACUCAUUGGAUGGAAUUUACGACGUUCUCUUCCUAGGAACAAGUGAUGGACGUUUGCACAAAGCUGUAUUGAUUGGUUCCAGCAGUUACAUCAUUGAGGAGAAGAAAUUAUUCAAAAAUUCUCAGCCUAUUCGGAACCUUGAACAUCAUCAGGGGUUUCUGUACGUUGGUUCUCCCACUGAAGUUAUUCAGGUUGUGAUGGCAGAUUGUGAACAGUAUAAGACCUGUUACGACUGUAUCUUUGCCCGAGAUCCCCACUGUGGUUGGAGUAAGCUAGCAUCUCGAUGCAAAUUAUAUGAGAAGCACUCUUCGAACAGUGGCGACUUACAAGACGUUAAGAAAGGCAAUGCUGCUGCAGUGUGCCCACCACAGACAGAAGCUGUAGAAGAAAUUAUUCUGGUUGUUGAUGAUCAUUCAGCUGUGUUGCUCAACUGCAAGCCCUCGUCUUCAGUAGCCCACUAUUGUGUUUUCUGUUCUACAAACCAAAAUAAACAAUGCAAAAGAUCUCUACUCAACUCCAUGGUGGAAAUUGUCACUUUGUUGCUGUUUGUUUGAGCUUAAUUGUAACACGGUGUAUGUCAAGGAGUUCUUGGGGGCGGUGUGGAGGGACAAUACUGCGGCAAGAAAUUUAAAGUGCAAGGUUUUCUCAGGCUGCUAGCAGCAGUGCCCAGGAGAUUCAUGCCCAUUCCAGGAGACAACUGAACAAUCCUGGAGUGUUGGCAGCCCUACCCUUGCCAGCAUCGCCUUCAGUGGCUUGGUCUCCAUUUCUUCCUCCUUCGGUGUUUCUCUGUAUUUCAGGUGCUGUAUAAUGUAAGAUGUAAGUUGUUGUUGUAGUAAAAUAAGUCUACCUGUAUGUAAAAUGUACAAAUGUGUGUACAUAUUGUAUAUAUUAUGCUAACAUGAACCAUAUAUGUAAUGUUUUUAUGCAUUUUGCAUUUUCUGCAAUAUUUUACUGGA